ACUUUCCUGGUAACCUCCUCGAAAAACUCCAACAGAUUGUUCAAACAUCAUCUACCACGCACAAAGCCAUGUUGACUCUCCCUAAUAAGCCCCUGUCUAUCCAAAUGCUUGUAGAUUCUGUCUCUUAGUACUCCCUCCAAUAACUUACCUACUACUGACGUUAAACUCACCGGCCUAUAAUUUCCCGGAUUACUUUUCAAACCUUUUGUAAACAACGUAACAACAUGAGCCACUCUCCAAUCCUCCGGCACUUCACCCGUAGACAGCGACAUUUUAAAUAUUUCUGCCAGGGACCCCGCAAUUUCAACACUAGUCUCCUUCAAGGUCCGAGGGAACACUCUGUCAGGUCCCGGGGAUUUAUCCACUUUAAUUUUCCUCAAGACAGCAAGCACCUCCUCCUUUUCAAUCUGUACAGUUUCCAUGGUCUCACUACUUGAUUUCCUCAAUUCCAUAGAUUUCAUGCCAGCUUCCUUAGUAAAUACAGACGCAAAAAACCUAUUUAAGAUCUCCUCCAUUUCCUUUGGUUCCGCACAAAGCCGACCACUCUGAUCUUCAAGAGGACCAAUUUUAUCCGUUACAAUCCUUUUGCUCUUAAUAUACUUCUAAAAGCUCUUUGGAUUAUCCUUCACUUUGACUGCCAAGGCAACCUCAUGUCUUCUUUUAGCCCUCCUGAUUUCUUUCUUAAGUAUUUUCCUGCACUUCCUAUACUCCUCAAUCACCUGAUUUACCCCCUGUUUCCUAUACAUUUCAUACAACUCCCUCUUCUUCUUUAUCAGAGUUGCAAUAUCCCUUGAGAACCAAGGUUCCUUAUUCCUAUUCAAUUUGCCUUUAAUCCUGACAGGAACAUACAAACUCUGCACUCUCAAAAUUUCCCCUUUGAAGGCUUCCCACCUACUAAUCACAUCAUUGCCAGAGAACAAACUGUCCCAAUCCACGCUUUUUAGAUCCUUUCUCAUUUCUUCAAAUUUGGCCUUCUUCCAGUUCAGAACCUCAACCCUAGGACCAGAUCUAUCUUUCUCCAUGAUCAAAUUGAAACUAUUCAUGUUACGAUCACUGGAACCAAAGUGUUCCUCUACACAGACUUCCGUCACUUGCCCUAAUUCCUUUCCUAACAAGAGAUCCAAUAUUGCAUCCCCUCUAGUUGGUUCCUCUAUAUACUGAUUUAGAAAACUUUCCUGAACACAUUUUACAAACUCUAAACCAUCCAGACCCCUAACAGUAUGGGAGUCCCAAUCAAUGUAUGGAAAAUUAAAAUCCCCUACCACCACAACUUUAUGUUUCCUGCAGUUGCCUGCUAUCUCUCUGCAGAUUUGCUCUUCCAAGUCUCGUUGACUAUUGGAUGGUCUGUAAUACAAUCCCACUAAUGUGGCCAUACCUUUCCUGUUUCUCAGCUCCACCCAUAAGGACUCAGUAGACAAGCCCUCUAAUCUGUCCUGCCUGAGCACUGCUGUAAUAUUUUCCCCAACAAGCAAUGCUACUCUCCCACCUUUCAUUCCUCUGCCUCGAUCACAUCUGAAACAUCGGAACCCUGGAAUAUUACGCUGCCAGUCCUGCCCCUCCUGUAGCCAAGUUUCAGACUGUGGCUGUGUUCCUUUAAAUCUUCCUCGUUUCCCUCCACGACCUCACACACCUGCGCAGUCCUGACUCUCUCGACGCCGAUGAAAAAAACCGAAAAAUUUAAGAAAGGCUUCCUCCACACUCACGCUCCGAAUCUCAGUCUUCUUUCAACCAAUUUUCUCUGAUUCUAUUGUAUAUCUCUGUUCUACUGUGAAUUACUGGUAGUGAAUCUACUUCAAUAAUGUAUUUAUAUUGAACUUUGACGAUGGUAAAGGAAUAAAUUUCACAGGACUCAGGUCUCACUGAUAAUACAGGGUGGCCUUUUAAACAGAAAAGCACUGAGAGUAAAUCUCGGUAAAGUUUACAAAUCCAUAUUAAAACAGUGAGCGUGAAGGCAGACACCGGAAAUUAAAAAGAUUAUGAUUAGUUGACAGGAUGGGCUUUUCUCUGUGAGUAGGGUGAAGUAGAUUUCUGAGAGGGAUUUUGCAUCAAUCUGGCCACUGCAGAAUUGGACAGCAUGGGCCUCAGGAUUAUGGUCAGUCUGUGACACAGUGGACACAGAGUGUAUAGUCUAGCUUAUCGGACAUGGUGUAAUCCAGUGGCUGGUCUGUGUGUAACAAAGGGGACCGGGAGGCGUGUGACCCAGGGAGAUAUUUGCUUGUGGUAGUUAAUCCCAGUGAUAUUUCCCGGUAUCACCUGCAGUUGUGCCAUUAAGAUCCCCUGAUCUUCCGAGUGUUCAGUUACUGCAUAGCCACGGAUCUUAUUACUGUGUCUAUCCUGUUCUUUUUCUGGGAGUCGAUGUGUCCAGUCACCGGCUUAUCGGGUUGGUCACGUGGCAGGAAGUACGGUUCACGUUCACCAGCACAGUCCCACUCAAACUCUGUCUUAGGUGAGAAAUUAAAUCGGGUACGGAGAGAUCUCAAGAGAUAUUUUCCAGACCGAUCAUCGAGGAAAGAUGAUCGGGACAAGGGAAACAAGAUAACCAAGCAGGGUCAGAUUGAGAGGAAUGUCCCAAUGGAGUACGGUCCGGCCGCAGAGGAUGGGGAGAAAAGUCGGCCCAGAGACAGUGGCGUCAGAGACACUGAUCCGGAAGCUGGAACCAGCACAAGUGAGGCGACUGCUUGGCAGCUCAGAAACUCAUUAAACACGGAAUUGUCAAGUGUCCGACAAGGAGCAGGUCCAGUGUCUACGAUCUCUGACCUCCGGGCACAGCGGGAUGAAUAUCAACUUUACCAUCGGACAAUGUUCUACAGGAACAAAUUGAAAGAAGCUAUUGAAGAAGGGGUUGAACCACUCAGUUGGAUGUUGACAAAGGAGGGACACUUCAGUGCACAAGAACAUGCAGAAGUCACUGAACUGGCAGAGAAGGGAAACCGGGCAGAGAGUUCCACACUCUUCGUCAGUUUGGUGAUGGGGAAAGACUCGUGGGCCCGGAGGGCGAUGUGGGAAUCCUUUGCGAAUAUGCAGACUGAGCUACGGAAGUUGGACAAAAUACUGAAGGAAAUACAGGAGCUCGGCCCGGAUCCACAGGAACACAUAAAUAUUAGCCGAGAAUUACCCACUCAACUGAAAGAUGUUCAACAGAAACACAGGGAGACUCUGCGGACACAAACUGAAACACUGAGAGUAAACACGAUCCUGAUGAGGGAGAAGGUGAAGGGUUUCCAGCUGGUUGAUCGAUACGCUGAGCUCACAGUCAUUUCUACUGUUCGAGACCGGAGACUGGUAGAAAACGAGGAGUGGAGAGAGAAACAUCUCUGCGGAGAGCUGGAAAAAAUCGGGACUGAUGAGUUGUUCCAGAGCAGCUUUUCCCGGAGUGAAAUCAAAUCUGGGAGUUCGGCAGCAGUGGUCGGAGGCCCGGGAAUUGGGAAAACAACAAUGGUGCAAAAGAUUGUUUAUGACUGGGCCACGGGGAAAAUAUACCAACAAUUCCAGUUUGUCUUCCGUUUCAGAUUUAGGGAUUUAAACUCCAUUAACUGUAGAAUAAGCCUCAGAAAAUUGAUUCUGGAUCAGUAUCCUUACUUCGGGAAUUUCCUGAGAGAGGUCUGGAAGAACCCUGAAGGAUUGCUGUUUAUACUUGAUGGUUUGGAUGAAUUCAAGCACAAAAUCGAUUUUGCUGACGAACCCAAUCACCAGUGCCCAGAUCCUGAGUCGUGGUGUGAAGUGUCGGACAUUGUGUACAGUUUAAUCCAGCACAAGCUGCUCCCAGGGUGUUCAGUGCUGGUGACCACCCGUCCUACCGCGGUAGAGUUAUUGGAAAAGGCUAAGAUCAGUGUCUGGGCUGAAAUCCUGGGACUUGUUGGUGAUGAACAGAAGAGAUAUUUCUACAGACACUUUGAAGAUCAGAAGGUGGCGGCAGCUGUUUUCAAACACGUGAAGGAGAACGAGAUCCUGUACACCAUGAGCCACAACCCCUCCUUCUGCUGCAUUCUCGCUCUGGCACUGGGCCCCUUAUUCACACAAAGAGUAAGGAACCCUCAGCGAGUUCCCAAGACCGUCACCCAAUUAUAUUUCUACUAUAUUUUCAACAUCCUGGAAAAUCACGGCUGUGAUAUUGAGAACACUCUUGAUGUGUUAUUGGGAGUUGGUCAGAUGGCUUUCGCAGGGGUGUCUGAGAGGAAGAUUGUGUUUACAGAUGAAGAUUUGAUCGAGUACAAUCUCCAGCCUUCCCAGUUCCUGUCCGGGUUCCUGAUGGAGCUUCUGGAAAGAGAGGAUUCUGCCUGGGGUGUGGUGUACACAUUCCCACACCCCACCAUCCAAGAUUUUGUAGCUGCACUCGCACAAUUCCUGACUCUAGAUCCCGGGGAUAUCCUGACAUUUCUCACUGUAGCCCACAACACGACAGACGGGCGAUUUGAGGCAUUUCUCCGUUUUGUUGCUGGUCUCUCCUCCCCAAUGACAACUCGGGUUCUGGAAGAGUUUUUGGGUCCGUCUCCUCAUCAAACACCCCGCCGGGUGAUUGAUUGGGUGAAGGAAGAAGUUAAACGCCAGAGUGGAAACAGAUGGAGUGAAGCCGGUAAAAGCCUCCUGAACACAAUGUACUACCUGUUUGAGUCUCAGGAUCGUAGACUGGCUCAGGCCGCACUGGAAUCUGUGGAAAGUCUUUCAUUCAGUGGAAUGACAGUGACCCCGGUUGAUUGCGCGGUCCUGUCUCAUGUCAUCGGACUCUGUGAUACAAUAAAACUCCUAGAUCUCUCUAGCUGCCAUAUUCAGGGUGAAGGAUUCCAGAGGCUGGGACCCUGUCUCCAUAAGUGCCAAGAUUUGAGACUGAACGAUGUCGGUCUCACAGAUUCUGUUGUCGAGGAUCUCGUCUCCAUUCUCAGUACAAACCGAUCACUGAUGGAGCUGAAGGAGAAUAAGCUGGGAGAUUCAGGAGUGAAAUUGGUGUCUGCGGCUCUGAGGAACCCGGAGUGUAAAAUACAGAAACUGGGGCUGUGGGAUGUCGGGCUCACAGAUUCUGGUGUGGAAGAUCUCGUGUCCUCUCUAAGUGCAAUCCGAUCACUGACGGAGCUGAACCUGGGUGGUAAUGACUUGGGAGAUUCAGGAGUGAAACUGGUGUCCACGGCUCUGAAUAACCAGAAGAGUAAAAUACAGAAACUGGGGCUGUGGUAUGUCGGUCUCACAGAUUCUGGUGUCGAGGAUCUCGUCUCCGCUCUCAGUACAAAACGAUCACUGACGGUGCUGAACCUGGGAUUAAACUCGCUCACAGACCGAUCUGUCCCUGCUCUCUGCAGCCUCAUACAGUCCCUCCCGAGACUGAAACAAAUCAAGCUGGAUGGGAACGGAUUCAGUCGUACCAGGAAGAAGGAAUUGCUGUCUCUGGACGGUCCCAGACCCGGACUGACCGUGAUCCUGUGAGAAUCUGAAUGUGUGAACAUUUUGGCCGAUUUCCCACCCUUCCCUUUAAUAGCCACCCUGCCCUUUAAUGCCCGCCCCCCAGGUUUAAUUCGCAACGGUACUAACGGAUCUUGUCACCAGCCGACUCUUGUGUGACGUCAGAGGCGUUUCCACAGUUACGAUUGCGCUGCGUGUCAGCGACUCCGCCGGUUGUCCGCGUCGGAGCGUUCCCCAAGUGACACCCUGUGGAUAUAGACUGACAGGAAGAGUCCGCGGGCCACCCGUCUUCCGGGGUGGAAUUAUCCAUGGAGAGGAUUAUUUUGCUCCCUUUGCUGAGGACGGUGCAAUCCGCUGUGUGGUGAUAUAAAAGUGUUAAAUUGACAAAUGCCUCGGUAGUGACCCUGGAUCUGUGGCGAUCUCGAACACUGCCUCGAAGUGUAAUUUUAUAAUCAUCGGCUCCCCAUUGCAGAGUGAUGGUGAGAAACGGGACUGAUAAUUAUUCAACCUGUCACUCAUUGUCGUCUGUCAAUGAAUUGUUUGUGCCUGUGAGUAAAUCGGGAGAAGUUCAUUUAUUCCCGCACGUUAGCAGGAAUUGUGUAAUUUACAUUUGUCAUGAUUAAAUCAACAAACCGCUGUAGUUUCCAGUCGUGGUGUUGAACUUGAGUCCGAUUUGAGGCGAAUCAGUGACCUGAGGUUACUGCUGUCCCCCGCAGCCCGGGCAAACCGACAAUGGGCCAAAGCCUCUCACACUAGCACAGCAGCGUCUCACGUCCAGGCUGAGGGAGGUCUGGUGGGAUGGCCCCCCAACUCCUGCUAACCCCGCCCUCUCCUCCUUCCCGCCACCUGGGCUCUACCGCCCCACCAGCCGCGCGCGCUCCUUGAACCCCACCACUCGCGCGCGCUCCCCUCGCGUCCGCUGCCCCGUGCGCGGACUCUGUCCAACCUAUUCCCACUGCGCAGCCCAUAAUCUGCUUUUUUCUAGCAUCCCUUUACCGAUCUGAUAGUCUCGUAAACUUCACUAAUAUAUCUCUCUCAAUCACCACUCUCCGCAGGGAAUUCUUGUCACAAACCACUCCCCGUUAAAAUAAAACACCUUCCGUAAAUCGUCUUCCACUCAUCCUAAAUUUACGUGCCUAUCUUAACAUCUCUUAACAUUUCCCAAUGUUUCUGCCUCAACCGCCAACCUAGGCAGCACAGUCCAGGUACUCACCGCUGUCUGUGUAAGCAGCCUGCACUACACAUGUCCUUUGAAAUUGCCCCCAUCUCACCCUGUACAUACGCCCUCUGCUGCUUGGCAUUUCAACGCUGGGGAAAAGAUACUGUCUGUCUUAUGUAUGGGGAUUCUUCUUUUAUGUUACUGCUAAGGCUAAUAAAAAUGGUUCUUUGCUAUGUUAGAAUAAAAUGGCUCCUCUGUGAUGUUAACUGCUGAGACAGUUGUUCUCUCUCUAGCAGCUUGUUUGGGUUAUAAUUACUGAUAAAGAGAAUUGUAUUCAUUUGCUAACCAAUUGGGAUAGAUGUUAUUCUUUCUUUUGUGUCUGUAAGCUACUGUUUUCGCGGGCUUUGGGGCAGAAGGCGCGACGGGGGCAGUGAGAGGAUAAGCGAUGCUGUAAUUGGGCGACGGAACGGACCCCGAGCGGGAGUCCAAGGCCCAGAGUCUUCGGCGAGGAGAGGAGACGAGGACAGACUCGUGUGGGGCGUCUGGUCGACCACCG